UAGGUGAAGAGGCAGGUUGGUCGUCGUGCCCUGGCCGCAGUCCCACCUGGGGGUACUGGGGUAGUUCUCGGUAAUUUAAGUAAAUAACACCGACGUUUCCAUCAUGGCAACGACCGCAGUGAGAUCACUGUUGAACAAAAGGGUCCCACUUAAAGUUGGUCACAUGUGCUACUCCUCUUCUGUGCCCACCACUAAGCUGUUCAUCGAUGGGAAGUUUGUUGAAUCCAAAAGUUCAGAAUGGCUUGAUAUUCACAAUCCUGCUACCAAUGAGGUGAUUUCCCGUGUACCCAAGGCCACCCAGGAGGAGAUGUUGGCUGCUGUGGACUCCUGCUCCAGGGCCUUUCACUCCUGGUCUGAGACCUCCAUCUUGACUCGUCAGCAAAUCUUUCUGCGCUAUCAGCAGCUUAUCAAGGACAACAUUAAAGAACUUGCUAAGUCAAUCACCUUGGAGCAGGGCAAGACCCUUGCAGAUGCAGAGGGGGAUGUGUUCAGAGGAUUGCAGGUGGUGGAGCACACCUGCAGUAUCACCUCUCUGAUGCUUGGUGAGACCCUGCCCUCCAUUACCAAGGACAUGGACACCUACACAUAUCGCCUGCCCAUCGGGGUUUGUGCCGGCAUUGCCCCCUUCAACUUCCCCGCCAUGAUCCCUCUGUGGAUGUUCCCCAUGGGCCUGGUGUGUGGCAACACCUACCUUUUGAAACCCUCAGAGCGCGUGCCAGGCUGUGCCAUGCUGCUGGCUAAGAUGCUGCAGGAUGCUGGCGCGCCAGAUGGGACGCUCAACGUCAUCCAUGGCCAACACGAUGCUGUAAAUUUCAUCUGUGAUCAUCCGGCCAUUAAAGCAAUCAGCUUUGUGGGCUCGAACCAAGCUGGAGAAUAUAUCUAUGAGAGGGGCUCUAAAAAUGGCAAGAGGGUCCAGUCUAACAUGGGAGCAAAGAACCACGGUGUAGUGAUGCCUGAUGCCAAUAAAGAGAACACCCUGAAUCAGCUUGUUGGGGCAGCAUUCGGGGCAGCAGGGCAGCGCUGCAUGGCGCUCUCCACAGCCAUUCUGGUCGGGGAGGCACGCGGCUGGCUGCCGGAGCUGGUGGAGCGUGCCAAGGCUCUGCGUGUGAAUGCAGGGGACCAGCCUGGUGCAGAUGUGGGGCCUCUGAUUUCGCCUCAGGCAAAAGAGAGAGUCAACAGUUUGAUCCAGAGCGGAGUGGACGAGGGAGCUGCACUCCUCCUGGAUGGCAGAAACAUUAAAGUCAAGGGUUAUCAGAACGGAAACUUUGUUGGACCCACCAUCAUUGCCAAUGUCACACCCCAGAUGAAGUGCUACACUGAGGAGAUCUUCGGGCCUGUGUUGGUUGUUCUGGAAGCAGACUCGUUGGAUGAUGCCAUCCGCUUGGUCAAUAACAACCCCUACGGCAACGGCACAGCUAUCUUUACCACAAAUGGCGCCGCCGCACGCAAAUAUACUCAUGAGGUGGAUGUUGGCCAGGUGGGAGUCAAUGUCCCCAUCCCUGUUCCGCUGCCUAUGUUCUCCUUCACUGGAUCAAGAGGAUCCUUCAGAGGUGAUACCAACUUCUAUGGGAAACAAGGCAUCCAGUUUUACACACAGAUCAAAACUGUUACUUCACAAUGGAAAGCAGAAGAUGCCACCUUGAAAAGUCCUGCAGUUACCAUGCCCACCAUGGGACGCUAACUGGCUUGUGUAAAGCCCACCUUACACAUACGGUGAAUCAAAAUGUAGUAAACUACUGUGCGGUCUGAAAGAAUCUAGAUAGGCCUCCUCCACACAGAAACAUGCCUUAAGGUUUAAAUACUGCAUUAAUUUGAUUGUUUAUACUAAAGGGUAGAAUUAUUUCAACCACUACGGGGUGUAUGUUGAUGGAAUAGAAAAAAAACUCCGCAAAUUUUAUACUAAUUUUGUGUAUUAUAAGCUACUCCUUCUCUCCAAGGAGAAACCAAACAUGGCCAUGAAUGAACAAUAUGACAUUGCAAAGGAUGUGCAAUGGUGAUGCAAUAGAGUGCAACAGAGUACCAAUUCUCCUGUCUGCUUUCACACCAACGAUAUCAAAUCGCCAUUUAAGACCAGUGUGAAGUUAUCCAUACUGCCUUUUGAUGAACAUAUGUUGUCACAAACACAAAGAUGGCAGUACAGUUGUACACUCUGUUACUUCCACUGAUUCUUUCUUAGUGAGUUGCUUUUUCAAGUGCAAUAUCAUGGUUUGAGUGGUAGCGUUUGAAUAAAGAGCCAUUUGUCAAAAUAAAACCUUUAAACUUGUCUGUCUGAGGGUGAUUGAAAGAGAAUUCACAAUUCUUGGUAGGUUGAAUUUUUUUUCUAAUUCUUAUUAUGAGCACAAAUAAUCAUCUGACAACCGGUUACACAUAAUUUCAAUUCUG